GUUUAGACAAAAUAUAUUCGCUUAUCCCCUUCAAAAACUUGAUGAUGUCAGCUGAAAAGUUUGCCGAAUAAUAAAUCAUAUCUAAAAUGUAUAAAAUAUGAUGAGUCUGUACUUGUGAUCUAUCACUCCAUUCAUAUUUUUUGGAUUUGCAUGUACAGGGUGACUCAAACAAAUUCAUGAAUGCGUAAAUUUAUUUUAUUGAUUUACUCAGGAACUACAAAACCGAAUUCUUUGAAAUCCACUGCGAAAAAAAAAACAUAAUAGGCAUGCAGUCGUCACGUUUCCGACAGCGAGGGAAGUACUGUCUAAACUCUUUAGACCAAUUUUUGAAAUUGUAAAUGAAGUGAUACUUUUUAAAUUGGGGGGGCGACAUCUUGGAAUAGUUUAGGCAACGACUACCCAUGACGGCUUAAAAUUCGGGUCAUCUCAGAAAGAACAAAGGCGCCGACACGAGCUGUCUCUACUGAUUGAUAUCUAUAUUGUGUUGUGUUGUUUGCCUGUAGGUAGGCAACCCAUAAUUGAGGGAAAAUCGGGGUAAGCCAACAGGGUGGGGGUGACGCUACGGGUGAGCAAGGGGAUUUUAGGCGAGUUCGCGGGUAGGAACCACCGAGGGUAGUACGUAGAGUGCGUAGGGAUAAGAUAGUUAGUUAAGUGUAUUAGUGAUUAGGGUGUACUUGUGAAUUAGUUAAUAGUAUAUUAAGUAUUAAGAACGGUAAGGGGUGUUUACUGGUCGAAGGCAAAAGUUUGGAGACGGAGCGAAGCGACGUCUCCAAUUUGUCUGAGACCAGUAAACCCCCUUAACGUUCGUGAUGCUUAUACUAUUACUUCCCGAGCGUAAGCAAAGGAAGUAUUGUAAUCGAGUCCGUCGGCCGACUCUCUACUUUUCCGUCUGUCUGUCCGUCUGUCCGUCCGUCUGUCCGUCUGUUCGUCCGUCUGUCCGUCUGUCCGUCUGUCCGUCUGUCCGUCUGUCUGCCGUCCCGAUUUUUUAUUAGACAGAUAAUCUCCGAAAGUACUGAAGAUUUUAGUGGUAAUAAUGAACAAAAUGCAACUUCACAAAAUUCAGAGGCUAAAAUAAUCGGUAUGUUGAAAAUAAUUUGACGGCUUAUUUAAACUUACUGUUACAGGAGUGGUUAGAAACAUUGGGAACACAUAGACCAAAUAACCAAAGCAAUUAUUUUUCUGUUGUUAACUUUCUUAAAUCUGAAUCCCAUGGAUUUUAAUACUCGAUGUAAAGUAUUUAAACCUGCUGUAUAUUCUGGAUGUUCUUUCGCAAAAAUAAACAAAUCCUGAAGAGUAAAAAACUCAUUUUUUUUUGUUUUUGUCAAAUAUACAGUAGGUUAGAUCUUCUUUAAAUUCCUAAUUUGAAUACCACUGCGAUUUUUGUUUUGGUUUCCACUUUGCUUCUUGUAAGGGUUUUCCAGAUUGGUGUUGGGUUAUAAUUUUGUGGGCUUGACAUCGGGAGCACUAUGGAAAGGAUAGGAAUUAAUGAUAAGUUUACAGGGAAAGUAUGCAGUGCUUGAAUUUAAUGAGGGACAUUUAGUUGUAUUGUGUAGGAUAUAAAGAGUGGGUACAAAACUUGAAAAGACAAUGUUGUACUAAAAGCGAUAUACACUUUCAACUUGAGGUAGUUAAAACUAAAAGUCCUUCGACAGACCACCAUGUUGUAAUAACAUGAAAAAAGUUCCGAAUGUCGAUACAUUACUCUCAUAGUAUAGUACUCUCUUUCCAUGGUAUAAGAAUAACUACAUACUGAAAAGAUUUUUCCAAGCUUGAAUUCAAGUUCUCGGGAGGAUGCUUGGGGAUAAGCAAGUUUCAAUUCAUUGUGGCAGUUGGCAAGUGCCAUUUUUAUCUGCUUAUUUAUCAGUAUAUGCCGUGUUGGUACCAUUUUUCAAUGAUUUGGUUUAAUAACAAACUGUGAGAUAUUUAAAUAAAACUCUCUCGUGCGUAAUUGUCAAAUUUUGACACAUGCGCCGAUACCAAUCUGUUGAUGUGAAAAACCCCAUUGGCUGUAAUGCCAACCUUACAAUUUAACGAGUGGUUACAACCUUAUGGAUUUAACUGUAAUUGUUGCUGCCUAUUUUUAUUGGCAUUUGUUUCUCUUACACUGAGAAGACUUUUCUUCAAAUUUUUCAUAAAUAGUUUCAGAAUGUAUUAACAAUGGAGUAAAAGGUAAGAGUAUUUGUUAUGUAGAAUAUCAGUUGUAGUCAACUUCAAAUUCGCGAGCUGAUAUGAAAUUGUGAUAAGCGGAUAAGAUUAUACUGGUUAGUACAGACAUUCAAAGCUACGUUUUUGUGAAAGUGCAGGAAUAGAGGACACUAAAUUUAAUUCCAUUCUUACCAUGAGUUCAGACAGUGAGGAAGACAACAAAAAAUUAAGACAACUCGAAGGAGAAUUAUGCAGGAUACAAGAAGAAAUAAGAACAAUAACAUAAAAGAAAGAAAAACGAAAGUUAAUAAAGCAAAAACACAAGGAGAACAAAUUAUCUUCAGAAAAGGCAAAUCAGUUUCCUACCUACCAAAAAGGUCAAGGAACUUCAGAUUAUGGAAAAGAAUACGAACGAAUAAAGUGUGCAUUCUAUGCUUUGAAACUAAUUGCAUGUGAUGAGGUGGAAAAUUUCGAAAUAACCACGGAUAACCAAAAAUACAAGCCCUUCGACGAUUUGGAGAUCAAGGUUACUUUUAAAAACAAGGACACACGCACUUAUCUCUUUCAAUUCAAAUACAAAGAAUCUGGAAAAUCUAUCACCAAGAGAGAUUUGGUUACAGAAAAAAGUGCCUUCAACGUCGAAAAAUAUUUGUCGUUUAAAUCAUCAAAUCGAGAUAUUAAUGAAGAUUUUGUUUGCAUACUGUACACAAACGCUCCACUACAUAUCAAAGGCGAAAGGAAAAUUGGAGAGAAAAUUUUUGUGAAAAAAUCUGAUAAUGUUGAAGAUGACAACUUCCUCCUGAAUCUGAUACAGGAAAGACAAGAGAAUAUUUUUAAAAUCAAAAAAGAUUUAAAUAACAAGAACCAAGUAUUUUAUUUUUUUACUGAGCAGGAUGACCUGAAGCAAACCGGUUUACGUGUGGAAAAACUGUUAGAAAAUUUAUUACAAUGCAAUAUUUACGACUCCUUUAUGGAUUUUAUGUACAAAUGGCAGUCAAAGAAGUUUGUUUUAAGUAAACUUGAUAUUAUUACGAAAUUAACUGAAUUGGUUUUAUCGCCCUACAUUGAGACGUUGAGUGAAACUAAAAAAAAUGAAAAAAAUGAAAAAACAGAAAAACUUAAGCAAGCAGUUAUGGGCUUUGCUGUGGCAAUAGCAGAAAAAAAUGCCAUAGACAUAAUUAAAGAUAUUUGGUCACAUGAGGACAGUUUACCCGAAGACUGGUGCCCUUGGUCGUAAGAGUCAAGGAAGUGAACACAGGAGCUAUGUAUUGAAGCUUUUCAGUAAAAUCGUCGACAAGAAAACAAUUAUUUUAGUGGGAAAUGUUAUCGUAACAAGAAGUGAAUUUAAUACAAUGGAAGUGUUUCAAAAUUUCUCAGACUUCAUGAAAAAAUCUACAAACAGAGACCUCGUUUGUGAUAUUUUAAAGCAUUUUACGAUUUCUUUACAAGGAAGGAAGGAAAUUACUUUGCAACAACUUGUUGACAUCGAUAUAAACAUUGCUCGACAUAUUGGUCUUGGCGAACUGCUAAAAAUGUCUCAGACAAGAUUAAUUAUUGGCAGUGAUAAGGUAGAAGAAUCCAAAUUCCAUAUUAUAAGAAAUAUAUCGACAACUUGUGUAAAAACAAAGAAGAUUCUCAUACUUUCACAAAAAAAUAACACAGUAGUAAUCAUCAAUUGCAAUCCAACAUUUGAAAGUCAUCUAUCAACGGAUAUAAAUUUUCAUGGUGUUAAAGUUUCCGACUACUUGAAUGAACAGUAUGAUUUUAAAAAACCUAUUAUUUUAUUGUUUACAAAAAACAAAUGUACACCACAUGAAUUCCGUCAAAUUUGUGAAAUGUCCAGUAAAGCACACUUGUAUCUGUUUCAGCAAAUAGAUGACGAAUCUUGUGUAUUGCUCUUGCAGAAAGGAAAUGAACUGUCAGCUGAACAUAUGGACGAACCAAAAACUAUAACAGAAACAGAUAUAUUUAGAUAUUUUGACAAUCCGAUCAACGUAAUUUCUGCUCCAUCCGGAAUGGGUAAAUCUACAUUAAUGAAAGUUUUUUACAACAAUUGUCCUCCAAAUUAUUGGUGGAUUUAUGUUGACCUGAUAAAUUGUAAUUCUUUCCUGAGAGAAAAGUCAGAAGUAUAAACGUUAUGGAAUCAUAUUUUUGAUAACAAAAAUACAAACGGGGAUUUAGAAAAGCAAGUUAAGGAUAGUUUGCGUAACAAGAAAAUGCUAUAUUUAUUUCUCGAUGGAUUAGAUGAAGUCAAUAGUGGACAUCUCGAUCUUAUCUUGAAAUUCAUUAAAGAUAAAGCAGCAACUGGUAUUAAAUUAUGGAUUUCAACUAGAGAGAAUUUACGUGGUAAAAUAACCCAAAUAUUAAACGUGGUGCCAACAGGGAUACAAGCUUUAAAUAAAGAUCAAAAAAAAGAAUAUAUAUAUCAGAAAUUGAAAGAAAAAUAUUCAGAAGAAAAUAUAGAGAACAUUCUUAGAAUAAUAUUUGAGAGUGCAGAUCUUAACAACCUUCAGGAUUUGUUAGGUGUACCAUUGCAGUUACACAUAAUUACAGAAAUGUUUCUGAACAAUGACGAAACUUUCAAAAAUAUUAAAGAAGACAAAAUGUUUAUACUGUCUAAAAUGUAUAGACUCUUCUUAGACGGAAAGAUGAAAGCUGCCAUAAAUAAAGUUACCAACGAAAAGCAAAUACAUCUGCUUGGAAACUUAAAUGUGCUUCUGAAACAAUAUGAACCCAUUGCCCUCAAAACGUGUUUGAAUCAUGACGACUUGAAAAUACUAAAUGUGGACUCAGAAGCAGAAAGUUAUAUAAAAGAGAUAAAAACAAAUGGUGACAGAUACGGUAUAAUUAAACAAAUAAAUGAAAGUGAACAAGCAAUCUUUCAUCACCAAACUUUUGCGGAAUAUUUUGCAUGUGUCUGGUUAAAAAAUAAUAUAAAAAUGUUUCCUUCAUUGAAGAAAUCUAUAUUCUCUGAAAAAUACGCAAAUUUGCGACUUAUGUUUGACAUAAUGCUCGCUGAAAACAGUCCGUUACAUUUAUCUGUUCUUUAUAAAAACCUCGAAGAAUUUAAAAUGCAUGAAAAGGCCGCGCACAACAAAGAUGCAGGGGGUCGAACAGCACUGCAUUUGCUUUGUACACGCGGAAUGAUAUAUCCUACAAUCUUUACUGACGACGUUAGACGAGAACAUGACUGGUAUGUCAAGAUGAUAAGGACUCUUAUGACAAAAAACACCAACGUCCACGACAAAGACAGUCUUUUCGGUUUCGAUUAUGUUCAUUUUUCUUUGGAAGCAAAAUGUUUAUACCCAAUUGAAUUAAUUUUGGAAAAUGAAUUGGUAAAGUUUGAUGAUUUAAAAGAUGUGAUUUUUGAAUACUACGACUGUGAAACGUUAGCAUGCUAUGCAGCAAGGAUGGGAUAUUUUAAUUUAUUUGAUGCACUUAUAAAACUCCUCUCCUCUGAACAACUACAAACAGGUAUGGAAAAGUUUUUGCUUCUGGCAGUUAGAGGGACCCAAAAUGAUACUGUUACACUACUAAGAGAGGGAAACAUUGCUGUUGUAAAAUGCAUUCUAGAAAGUGAUUCGCCUUUCAACAAAAAUCGUGCACUUGGUAUUGAUAUUAGCAGAAUUUUAGAGAGAGCCUGGAAAGAAGGUAAACAUGAUAUGCCAGGAGUAUUAAUAAAAUACAGUGUGGAAGAUUAACUAUAGCUCUAAAUGAAGAGAACAAUAACGCAUUACAUGUUAGUUAUAAGUGGUGGGAAGAAAAUCGAACAAGAACACAACUAUUAAUUUAAAAAAAAGAUAUUGCAGAACUUAUAUUGCUAAACACCGAAUUACAAGAAAAAAAAUUAGACCGUUAUGUUUCUGUAACAAACCGCAUUGUAUUUCAUGUUAACUAAAUCGAAACAAAAACAAAACGUACUUAAAUUACUGAUCGUUAGAGAUAUUGACGUAAUUAAAUGCUCAAAAUCAGAGUGGGGCGACAGUUCUAAGUAAAACUAGCAUCAAAAAUGAUGAUGAUGAGAUUGUAGACAAUAAACAAACCAGUUAUAGUAUGCGUCAAGAAAAAGGGGUCAACUGCAAGACAAUAAAAUUAAUGAUGUUCGCACAGCUGAAGGACUCCCUGGGUAUAAAAAUUUACAAGAACUUUACCAAAUCAAGCAAACAGAGAAAAUAAGUGAUUUAAGCGAAAGAUCCAUUUCUUUGCUGGUUAUAUAAAUAACAGUUGGCUAUGACGCUUACGUCGACCUUUUCAAUUGUUGACGUCCGCGUCCUCACCAACUAGAGCAGAAAUUUAAAAAAUCACAAGGUACAAAUACCCAGUGACUAUUGAUUGAAGUAAAUUUCUGAAUUAUUGGCAGUCAUGUUAAUAUGUCAAUUCACAGUUGUCAGUUUUGAAAUGAGCACGCCUCACAAACGUGUUGAUUGGUUGAGACACCAGCUACUGACUGGGUGCCAUCAAUAUAAUUUUACAAUCAGGUAUGCCACUAUAAAAUUUUAAAUAUGUUGCCAAUCUGUCAAAAAAAAAUCACAAACUUUAAUAAUCACUCGGUGUUUACAUGAAUUACUAUGUUACGUAUUUAGAAGUUCUUAGUGUUGCAUAAAUACAAGUAAGAUUUUUUUUUUUAGUGAAAAAUGUUAAUUGUUGUGAAAUAUCCUGUUUAAUUGGGGUUGCUGCGGCAGCAUGUGCAAGCGUAGUUAGGAGGAAGCGAGUCCGAAGUCAAGCUGAGUUGCAUUUCCUUUUCCGCGAUUGCUAAGUAUCGACUCAAUCAAAAUUAAGGAGGUCAUGUCAUUACUCCGCAACUAUGGCCGGUCACAUGAUUAUAGUUGUCAAUAUAUAACUUUUGGCUCCCACCUGAAGAAGUUAGUUGUAUUUGUAUUUGUAGUUGAAGAAGUAGUUGUAGUUGUAGCAGACAAGUGAUAAUUGUAACCAACACCCGUACCAGCGACAUUUUCUUCUAAUAAAUUUGGUAUACUGUCCAA